AUGACGUCAUUCAUAUUAUUGAAGACUAAUUCUUUUUUGUUGAGGAUGAACAGAGAAGAUAAUGUGAACUGGUUUCAUGGGAAAAUAUCACGGGAAACUGCCGAAAAACUUUUAAAAGAAGAAGGUGAGGAUGGUGUUUUCUUAGUUCGCGAAAGUAAUACUUCCCCUGGUGAUUAUGUUCUGUCGGUUUUGCAUCAAGGAGAAGUGGUACACUAUCAGAUACGGAGGCAUGGAGAAGAUGCAUUUUUUUCAAUUGAAGAGCACACAACUGUCCAUGGAUUAGAUACAUUAAUACAGCAUUACCGUGGUGAUUCCAAUGGUCUUGUUACUCGCUUAUCAGUGGUUUGCAAAGGCCAACCUCCGCCACAUGAAUCUAGAACUCAAGGAACUACGAAUUUAUUGCAUCGGGCAACGGAGGCGGGCGAGUUCAACGUGGUGUCACAGCUGCUCGCGUGCGGCUACCGCAGCCGCGACGCCAAGAACCAGGACGGGCAGACCGCCGUGCACAUAGCCGCCAGGGCGGGCCGCGACAACAUACUCGCCAAGCUCAUCGAGAGCGGGGCGACUGUCAACGUACGCGACUCGUUCGGAUACACGCCAUUGCACUACACAUGUCAGAAUAACUUGCCGAGUACGACGGAGUUGCUUAUCACUAAGGGCAACGCGAACUAUCAAAUGAGGCACGCGCCGACCGGAAAGGUUCCCUUGCACGAUGCCGCGCAAAGGGGCCACAUUGAAUGCAUCAAGGUGCUCUUAAAACUGAACGCCCCAUCACAUCCGAGGACUCUUGCACAGGACACGCCCGCCGACUUAGCGAAACACUACGGACACAUGGAAUGUUACCAGUUGCUAAAAAACCACACGCCCGCCCCGCCCGGCACCAGUAGGGGGCAGUGGUACCACGGCACCCUGAACCGCGAGGAGGCGGUCCGCACGCUGGAGGAGUUCUGCCGCCAGCGCGGGCUGCACGAGCGCGCCACCGACGGCGUGUUCCUCGUGCGCUACAGCGAGCGCCACACCACCGCCUACGUGCUCACCGUGCUCAGCGAGAACACCCCGUACAACUACAUCAUAAGGAGAGAGAAUCAAUGGUUGUUUAUUGAUGAUGGGCCCUAUUUGGAGUCUCUGGAGAGACUUGUGGAGCAUUACAGCAGUGUACCAGAUGGUCUUCCUACCAGACUCAUCACCCCAGUGCCACCCAAGCCGAAACCGCCACUGCCCGAGUUCUCCACGAUGCCGCGCACGAAGAAAUCCUCCUCCAGCCGAGCGGCGAAAAACCAAACGCUGUCAUUAGUGAAGCGGGACAUCCUCGGGGCCGACCAGGCCUCGUCUCCCACCACGGCCGGCACCAACAACAACGCCUUCGAGCUGCUCACCAGGAACCUCUCCUUCUGCUCGGACUUCAGCAGCGACCGCAUCAACAACAACGAGGACCCGAACGGCGACAGCGACACGUACAAAGUGCCCGUCAACAACGCCGCCGUGGCGACUCUGGCGGAGAACUACAACGAAAUAUCUAUUAAUUCCGAUGGCCAGCUAUCCACACUGCAAGAGUUCAUCCCGAUGAGCGAGCUGACGCUGGGCGCGACGCUCGGCGAGGGCGAGUUCGGCUCGGUGCUGCGCGCCACCCACAGCGCGGCGGGGCAGCCGCCGCAGCCGGUGGCCGUGAAGACGCUGCACGCGCUGCACGCGGACGCCAACCGGCGCGAGUUCCUAGCGGAGGCGCGGCUCAUGAUGUCGCUGCGCCACCGCUGCAUCGUGCGCCUCAUCGGCGUCUCGCUGGGUCCCCCGCUGGCGAUGGUUCAGGAGCUGGUGCCUCUGGGCUCGCUGCUGAACUUCCUGCUGCGUUGCCCCGAGAAGGCGUCGCCGGGCUACGAGCUGAGGCUGUGGGCCUGCCAAGUGGCGGCCGGCAUGAGGUACCUCGAGAGGCGGCGCUUCGUUCACCGCGACUUGGCCGCCAGGAAUAUACUGCUUGCCACUAGGCACCAAGCGAAAAUCAGCGACUUUGGGCUGUCGCGGGCGCUCUCUUCGGACAGCUCUUACUACAAGGCGAGCCGCGGCGGCAAGUGGCCGAUCAAGUGGUACGCGCCCGAGUCGUACAACUUCGGCACGUUCAGCCACGCCAGCGACGUGUGGAGCUACGGCGUCACGCUGUGGGAGAUGUUCUCGUAUGGGAAGCAGCCCUACGGGGAUAUGCGGGGCGUGGAGGCAAUACAAAUAGUGGAAAGCGGGCAGCGUUUAGAGAGGCCCGAAAAUUGUCCCGACGAAAUUUACCAAGUGAUGCUUGACUGCUGGGCAUACAGUCCAGACCUGCGGCCAACAUUCAGCAAGCUUGUGGACGUUUUCUCACAGCAUCCAGACUAUGUGAACAUAAGCCAGAUGGCGUUAGAAAAUGACGAUGUUACAGUG